AUGUCUUGGAUUGAAAAUAAAAACAAUAUGAAUGAUGAUGAAGACACAACAGAUUGUAUUCAAGUUACUUUAACAAGAUCACCAUUAUAUGGUUUUGGUAUUGCCAUCAAUGGUGGAAAUGAUAAUGGUGAUAAUCAAUCAUUAAUCAUUUCUGAUGUAAUUAAAAAUGGACCAGCCGAUGGAAAACUCUUAUCUAAUGAUCGAAUUGUAAAUGUGAAUGGUCAUCCAGUUGUACGUUAUAUGGAAUAUACAGCAUUAAAAUUAAUUCGUGAAUCAACAGAUUUUGUUAAUUUGAUUGUAGAACGACAAAAACAGCCAAUGAUUAUUAUGUCAGAUAAUGAAUUGCCUAUAAAAUGCAUUUUAAAUAAAACAUGCAAAGGUGAAAAAUUUGGUAUCACACUUGAUUGUCGAUAUUUUAUUAAAAAAAUCCAUUUGAAAAAUAAUGAAAUAUUGACAAAUAUUCAAGAAGAUGAUGAAAUUAUUAAAAUUAACGAAAUGCCUGUUAACCGUUGGACAUUACAAGAAGCACAAAAAUUAAUUGAUAAAACAAAAGAACGGCUAAUCCUUCAUAUUGUUCCGAAUAAAUACCAUAAUUAUCAAGCAUCAACAUCAUCAUAUAAACAAACACAAUCUGAUUAUAAUCAGCAUGUAUUAAAAAAAUCAACAAAUAAUCAUCGGAACAUGAUACGACCACAUAAUUCAACAAGAUAUCUGUCAUUUUUUACGGAUACAUCAAGUAUUGGAAUUCGACUAGCUGGUGGUAAUAAAUAUGGCUUGUUUAUUUGUGAAAUACAACCCAAUAGUGUAGCAUAUAAAGCUGGAUUAUUUGUUGCUGAUAAAAUAUUUAGCGUCAAUAAUAUUGAUUUUUCAAAUAUAACACGCGAAGAUGCUGUUUUAUGUUUAAUGAAUAUGAAAACAUCUCAAAUGAAUAUGAUUGUUUCAAAUUUACCAGAUGAAUAUGAACAAUUAUUAGGUGACGUUGGUGGUGAUUCGUUGUAUAUUCGUACUCAUUUUGCUUAUAAUUCAUCACAUGUUGAAGAAUUAUCAAUUGGUAUUAAUGAUAUUCUUCAUGUUACAGAUACACUUUAUAAUGGUCAAAUCGGUCAUUGGGUUGCAACUAAAUUAAAUAGAUUUUCAUCAGAAAAUAAGCCGAGCGGAGCUAUACCGAAUCAAUCAAGAGCUGAACAACUAGUUGAAACUGCACCUAAACUGGAUGAAUUAAUUAAGUUAAGGCAAUCAUCAUUCAAAAGAAAAUUACGCACAAAAUUUAUUGAUAAACGAUCACGAUCAGUUUUAUCAUUAAAUCAUUUCAAAGAAGAUUCAAUACUUACUAAAGUUACUUGUUGGAAACCAAUAACAAAACCAAAGUUUUCUGCUUAUGAACGAGUUAGACUGAAGUCGAUAACAAUUAUUCGACCUGUAGUUCUGUUGGGUUCAUUAGCUGAUAUUGCACGUGAUCGAUUACUUGAUCAAUAUCCUGAUAAAUUUGAAUCACCUGAAACUUUUAUGGCAUCAUCAACAAAAUCACAUGCUAAUAUUAUUAAAUUACAAAGUAUUAAAAAUGUUAUUCAAAAAAAUCGUCAUUGCCUAUUAGAUAUUAGUCCAUCAGCUAUUGAACAAUUAAAUAAUGCUGAAUGUUAUCCUAUUGUUAUUUAUUUCAAAGCUUCUAAUCGUAAUGUGAUUAAAGAAAUUCGUAAUGACUAUGGAAAACUUUAUCAACAAUCUUCUCGACGUCUGCUUGAAAAUGCUGAACAUCUUGAAUAUUUCUAUUCUUAUUUAUUUACAUCAAUUAUUAAUGUUGAUACUUCAAGAAAUUGGUAUGAAACAUUAAAAUUACACAUUGAGUCUCAACAGGAACAACCUAUAUGGAUGAGUACUGAUCGAUUUAUUGAAAAAGAUUUAUUAAAAUCAGAUGAAUAUUUUAUUUCCACAAGAUUAAGUGAUUCAGAUGACUUUUCUUUUCAAGAUCAAUCAAGUCUGGAUUCAGAUAUAAUAAAGAAAAAAGAAAAAAGCUCUUUACAGAGAGUUUUAUCAGAUCCUAUAGUGUUUCGAAAAGAUAAAUUUCCUAAAACAUAUUUAACUGAUUUACCUCAUCACACCAGUGAUAACGAAGCAGAAGAGGAUAGUACAUGUUUACAAACUUCUGCAAUAUCAUUACCAAAUCAUAAGCAAACACUGUUCGACAUGCCUACGACAGACAAUGAACAAGUUCAAUAUCAAUCUGACAUAUUAUUUUCAAAUUCUUUACUGAAUAAUCAAAGAUCAUUGCAAAAUUCAAAAGUAAAUAAUAAUGAUCAUUUCAUUUCAAUGGAUAAAUUUAAGAAGAAUCGCACUUUACCGCUGAAUCAAUAUGAAAAAAAUUGUAUUGAAAAUGAAUCGAAAUUUAUUUCUACAAAUUCGCUUGCAACAUAUGGAUUAUCAACAAAUCAAAAUUCAUCUUUAGGACGAUCGCUGAUUUCACAAAAGAUUCCAGCAAUAAAUUAUAACGAACAAAUGAAUUUAAAUAAUAAUCUUAGAUUCAAUCGAAAAGAUUCUAGCGAUAAAUCAACCAUGACAGAUAAAAACUCAACCAUUGAUUCAUAUGCUACAUGGAACAGAAACUGUGCAUCAGUAGAAAAUGAAAUUCAUAAGAAACAUAAUCCAUCAGUUAAUUUCAAUGAAAAAUUUUCUUCUGAAUCUUUGUCAAAACAAAUAAUAUGCUCAAGCAAAACACAAAAUUCUCAGUUACAUAGUGCUUUAUGUUCAUCCGAUCAUUCAAAGUCACCAUUACAAAAGCCACGUGUUUAUACUCAUCACGAUCCUAUUUCGCUUAUUCAACAGCAAACUAUUGUUUCCUCGUCAUCUGAAUCUUCAGCAUCAAGUCUAAAAGAUAAAACUAUUAAAGAAGUUGGUGAAACAAGAUCAUAUUCAAUACAAGAUGGAUCCAAUGUUAUCGGUAGUGCUCGUGGUAUCAUGGAUUAUUACGGUGGAAAACUCUCUUGUCCUUUAACAGGUGUAUCAUUAUUUAUACCGAUGGGCGCAAUAUCUGAAGAUAUUCAACAAGAAAUCUAUUUUCAAGUUCAUCAAGAUGCUUCCCAUACUGAAAAAUUUCACGGUCGAUUAUUAAGUCCCAUUGUUAUUUGUGGUCCACAUGGAAUUAAAUUUAAUAAACCAGUAGAAUUAAUUAUACCACAUUCAGCUGGAAAUGAUGCUGAACAAUUAUCUCUCUUACUUCAUGGUAAUAAUCAAGAUAGAAAAAUAAAUGAUCGACAACAUAAUAAAUCACUCGUUAUAAAUGGAAUUAAUCGUGUAACAAAUUCAAAUGUCUCAAUUCUAGUUGAUCAUUUUUAG